CACAAACAGCAGAGGAAGUGUGCAGCCCUCUCUGUGCAGCUCUGUGGGUACAGCCUCCUGCAGACACACCCGUCUUCUACAGUGGGCUACUGUGAUCUCUAGUCAUCUUCCCUCAGCUGUCCAGAAGAGUAGCAGACUUCAAAGUGAAUAAACAUCAAAGUUCAUUCAGCCUUUCGACGUUCAGCUCAGCAGACCAACUGUCCAUUAUGAACCCAAUGCUAACAAGAUGCCAGCAGAAAACAGUCUGCUCUCAGCUGGGAAGAGUCAAACUGCAGCUGCUCUACAAGGCCAGCAUCCAUGGUUUCACUGGUGCCGCCUUCCACCAGCGAUGUGACACCCACUCUCCCACUGUGUCUGUGGGCUUUAACGCCUCCGGUUACGUGUUUGGAGGCUACACCAAACAACCCUUUAGUCAAUCUGGACAGUAUGUUCAUGACGACCAGGCCUUUCUUUUCACCUUCAACGGAGAAAAGCUCCUCAAAUAUCCAGUCACUGGUCCUGCAAAUGCAGUGAGAAUGAUCUCUAACUCUGGUCCUUACUUUGGCGAAGCAUUGGUUCUUGUCAAUCAAAGCAAAGCAGUAGUGAAUAGUAACCCAGGAAAUUACUACAACUUCACUGCUGCAGAAAUGCACGGCAAUGAUCUCAACCUGACUGAGUGUGAAGUCUACCAGGUGGAGGAAACCACUGAACUUGAGAGGCCCUGGAGGACAGUAACCUGGGAGUCACUUAAGAGGCAGGAGCUGAUGGAGAGCAUUAAAACCUACAAACCAACAAUCAGCUCUGCGUCCCAGGCUCGAGUUCUGCUCAUUGGAUCCAUCGGAGCUGGAAAGUCCAGCUUCUUUAACUCCAUCAACUCUGUGUUCAGAGGCCACGUCACCAGCCAGGCCAUAUCUGGCUGCUCCAGCACCAGCCUCACCACACAGUUUCGCACCUACUCUGUGAAAGCUGGACGAGAAGGCAAACCUCUGCCAAUCAUCUUGUGUGAUACCAUGGGAUUGGAGGACAACAAAGGGGCGGGGCUUGACAUAGAUGACAUCAGCAGCAUCCUAAAUGGUCAUUUGCCAGAUUGUUACCAGUUCAACCCCUCAGCUCCUCUGAAUUCAGAGACUCACGGUUAUCGCAAGUCUCCAGGGCUGAAGGACAAGAUCCACUGUGUGGCCUACGUCAUUGAUGCCUGCAAGAUCUCCAUCAUGCCCACAAAGAUGGAGGAGAAGCUGGAUGCUAUCCGCAGAAAGGUCAACCGAAUGGGGAUUCCUCAGCUGGUCCUGCUCACUAAAGUAGAUGAAGCCUGUCCUUUGGUGAAAGAGGAUGUGAGAAACAUUUAUAAGAGCGGCUACAUUAAGGAACUGAUGCAGGAGGUCGGCGCUCGGCUCGGUGUGCCGCUGUCCUGUGUUGUUCCAGUGAAGAACUACAGUGAAGAGCUGGAGCUGAACAUGAACUGUGACAUUCUGCUGCUCAGCGCCGUCAUUCAGAUGCUUCGCUUUGCUGACAAUUACUUUGAUGAGCUCAGUGACAGACUGAGCAAAGUUGAAAGCAAAGAUGUGGAAUACAGAUAAGUCCAACAUUCAGCCCAUGAGUGCAUCUCGUUCAGGCUCACUGGACUAAAGGCAACAUAUCAACAUUCAAACUUCUCUCAUGUCACGCAGUAUUCCAAGAUUCCUAACCUUGUAGUCACACCAAAUGGCUAAAUGCUUAAGCUAGCUUUUGUUAUCAUAUUCUACAUUUGUAAGGCUUUAUGAAUAGUUAAAAGAGCACAGAACUCCUAUAUAGUCAAGUCUAGUACUUCAUGGUGUCUGUGGGGCCAUUUUGUACAAAUGGCUUGUUGACAUUUCUGUGGUCUUCUUCUGUCAAGUAAAUAAAAUAUAGUCCAGAUUCAGGAUAUCUUGAGCUCUAAGGCCCAAUCCUAAUCUUCUGUAUGUGGUCACUUGGUAUUCCUUCAGUGUGUUGAAAUGGUACAAAGAGAAAGAAAUGGAAGCACUAUUCUGUCAACUCACAUUGUCUGGAAACAACAUAUUUCUAUAUUUCCAUUUGCAGUUUGAUCAGCUGUUCAGUGUGUGUGUAUACGUUAUACAUUAUAGUGAGCAAACAAAAGUCAGUAAAGCCACGAACGUCUUUAAAUCCUGUGCAAAUGUUUUACUGAAAAUACAAACAACUCUGUGCAGAUUCUCAGAAAGGAUGAUUGAUAGUGUUGGAGUGCUUCAGAUCUUUUGUCACUCAGUGGGAACACACCUCAAACUCUCUGAGUCAGGAGUGUUGGUUUUAGGGUUGGCCUUUUUCGCCUUUGGAAUAUCCAAGUGCCCCUAGGAAUGUUGGGACAUGUAGUCUCUCGAGUAUGUCUUAAGGCUGCAGAUCCCCUCCAGUUACUGGUUUCCAAAACUGUGAGCUGGAAAUGUUGACAUUGUUUCUUGACCAUGAAUCAGUUUCACUGACUACUGAAAAACCACGAGGAACACUGAACUAAAAAAUGUCUGCAGGUUGUCACUUUGGCUCUUCAGCGUUUGGACCCGACCACAUCCAUCACACACUGUGCUUACGUCAACAUCUGGAGAGAUGACAUUCAGUUUCUAAAUAGUAGAAAAGAAAUUUAAGAACCUUUCUGUUUUUUUCUCUUAAAGAACUGUACAAGAUUAUUAAAAAAAACAUUAAUUAGUUAUACAUAUUUAUAUGACAACAUUGUUUAUGUUAUAUUAAUAUAAAGAAGCAAAACU